AAAUGGAAAGUAAGACGGAGGAUGAUAAGUCGAUUAUUAGUGAGCUAGAAAAUCAUGAUACAAAUUUGAGAGAGAAAGAUAUGAUAGUCAUGAGAGUUUACUUUUAACUUUUUUAACUUGUUGAAAGCGAAAAAUUUUGUGUGCAAUAGACUAAUGUGAUUAAGGAAAUCUAUCUGUGGAAAACAACAAUGGCCUCCAUCAAAGGGCAUAGUAAAAAACGUUUGCUGCCCUAAUUUAAUUCCAUUAUUGUGUGCUAGUAGGAGGAUGCCUUGUGAAUGCUCCAACUGAAUUGUAGUGCUAUAAGUUGAUUACUCACUCCAUCCUCAUCAAAUCCUUAGAAGUUUAACUUGAGGUUUAUUGGAAGAGUUUACCUUUUGUUUGAUUCUGGUGACAAAUUGUAAAAUAUUUUGGUAUAUUAACUUGUUCCUUAAUUGUCUUGAAGAAAGGCCACCAGAACAGGAGUUUCUUUUGUUCUUGUGUGCUGAAAAAUCAAGGGUAAACUUAAGUCUUCAACUUCUUUAUAAAUUGUGCUGAAAACAAAGCUAAAAAGUGGAUUAAGAUCAUAAUUGUUGAUUUUAUACUGCUGUUCAGCCAUACAUAAGGACAAAAGAAGAAUAUGGUGUAUUCCAUAUCAUGCUAAGUUGUUUUCUUAGUUAUGUAUUUUGUCAGCAGUAUCUUCUUCAUAUUUGUGCAACCCGACAGUGAUUUCUGGUAGUAAAUCUGAUUUUUGAUCUUUUAUCAUGUUUCAAAAAAUUAUAGUAUUGCCUUUAUAAAUAUGCAAAAAUGGAAUGGGAUGGAAUCUGUUGGAUUUUCAUCUAGAGUACAUGAGAAUGUAGGAAACUGUUCCCUGUUUAUCCUUUAGAGUUAAGGAUAUUACCGUAUGGUGGGAUAUAUGAAGGGUUAAUCAUAUAUUGGGCUAUAUUGGACACUUUCAUGUGAUAAGUUUACCUGCCGAUGGUUCAAUUGAUAUUGACAUCUUGUUUUGACAUGCAUAUUACCACCAGCAAUUUACUUGUCGACAGUUGAAGUAUCACAAUAAGUCACCUUCAGUAUUCAUAAUUUAGUUGAGUAUGGACUGCUAGUAAUUAUUGUCAUUGCUUCCUUAAAUGCAACCAAAUAUGUUUCUCUUCCUUCCGUAAAAUGAAACAAAGGGAGACAAAGGGGUAGUGAUUCUUGAGUUUUUAUGGUGAUUAGAAAAUUUGUCAAGAGUACCAUGGCGGGCAUCCACUUCUCAGCUAAAUGCGGCCCAUGUUCCGCUGUUGACUUAUAUGGCAUACUUAGGCAUUGUUCUAAGGCCUUGUCUGGCACUGUGGAUUGGCCUGGAAUUGAUCAAUAAUGUAUUUUGAUCUAAAGUUAGGUUAUUCACCUAAAAGGAGUGGAUUGUUUAGUCCUGAAAAGAUGGUGAUUAUUUUGACUUUGAAGUUGUCCAACGAUUGAAAAGUGUCUUAAUCUAUAAGAACUAGCAUAUAUCUGGCGAGGAAACAUUAUAAAUCUGAUUCCCGAUUGGUUAAUGCAAUUUGAAUCCAUAAAAAUGGUAAUUUUGCAAAUUAUUAAUACACAAUGCUCUAUUUGUACAUGUGGUAAUCAUUGAAAAACUGCUGCCUUAACAUCGUUGAUACCGACUAAUUCUGAAUAUUUUGUUGGAAAUAGGUUUUGCUUUGAAUUUGAUAUGUAAAGUGAUAUUUAGAUCUUGCUAUAUAUGUUGCAUACUUUAAAUUAUUUAGUUAUGAAAUUUCUAGUACUCAUUGAAAAAGGGUAAAAGUCAAGUCACUCUAGAUUGACAAAAAGUUUUACAAGUCACUAGAAAAUGGAAUAGGAAUUAUCUUUCGCAUAACGUUUGGUGAAACUUAUCCAGGGUCUUGUUCCUUUUUCCAUUCCUGUGAACCAUGUGACACUGGAGGUUUUGCUGGAGAUGAUUAUUGGAUUUUUGAAAUAAUGGGUCAAUUUAGUUAAUUUUCCCCUUCUUAAGCAGUUGCAGAAAGUUAUCUCAUACUGGAUUUCCAGUUGGGCCAAUGUCUGUCUUGCUGACAGUAGAAAAAGAAUGCUUACCAAAAAUAUAUUCUUGUUUGCACUGGUUUCAGUAUGUAGAAAUGUAUGUCUUGCAGUGGAAACCUUAUUUUUUCUGAAGAGACAUGCUAUUAUCAUAAAAACUAAUAUUCCUUAGAAAGUGGCCAUAGAACUGAUGGUGGUCCUUAUGUUGUGGGGCCAUAAAUCAUGCAACGUUGAUGACCAUCUAUCGUACGAAGCGGUUUCUUCCAGCAUUAUUAUCAUAAAAGUUGCGUGUUUCUGAAAACUCAUCCUUUUUCUAGCAUGGUUCAACAUUAAAAGUAGUUUUCCUUCGGAAAAGACAGAACAUCUACCUUUUAUAUAAUCUGGAAAAGUAGUGCAGUUACUAGUACUUGGUAGUUAAGCAAUGGACUCAUGAAAAAAUUAUAGGGGUUUAUAAUGCAUGGGUUUGAAAGGUGACUACAAUUUUUAGACUGUUGAAAAUACAACAAAUUCAGAUGAUCAAUGUAUUUUUCUGAAUUUGGAAUGCGUCUGCUGACAAUAGGAAAAAUACAACAGUUGGAAGUUGAUUUUUGUAUAGAUUUCUACGCAAACAUAUCUGAACCAGUUCUCUCUCCAUAUAAAUAUCAUUCUUGUUUGUAUUUAAGUUUUGUUUAUAGAAGGAUCCUAUUUGAUUUUGUUGUCCAUCACGUAGACUGUGGUUUAACUGAGAGUUUUCACCUGCAGUUAUCUUUGUCAGCUUCAAAGUUGCGUGAUCGUGAUAUUUUCUCAAAGAGCGAUCCAAUGGCCGUGGUUUAUGCAAAGAAAAGGAAUGGAACCCUUGAAGAACUUGGUCGAACAGAAGUGAUUAUGAAUAAUCUGGAACCUGCUUGGAUUCAAAAAAUCAGUGUCAAUUAUCAAUUUGAGAUUGCUCAGCCAUUGAUCUUUCAUGUUUAUGACAUUGAUUCGCAAUACCACAAUUUACCUGUGAAGAACUUGAACUUGAAGGAUCAAGAUUUUCUUGGUGAAGCUAGUUGUGUUCUCUCUGAGAUUGUUACUAAAAGAAACAGAACUUUGACCUUGAAUCUUCACAAUCAAGAUGGUCAUGGCUUGAAAAACUUGGGUACUCUUACUGUCCAAGCAGAAGAAACUGUAGCUUCAAGGAAUGCUGUGGAGAUGACUUUUCGUUGUUAUCAUCUUGAUAACAAGGAUCUGUUUUCUAAAAGUGAUCCUUUUCUUAGAAUCUCUAGGAUUGCUGAGAGUGGGGUUUCCAUUCCAAUUUGCAAGACAGAAGUCAUAAACAACAACUUGAAUCCAGUCUGGAAACCGCUGUGUCUAACCAUGCAACAAUACAUGAGCAAGGAUAACCCGGUGAUCAUUGAGUGUUUUGAUUUCAACAGCAGUGGCAAUCAUGUCCUCAUUGGGAAACUGCAAAAAACAGUGGCAGAGCUGGAACACCUUCACAAAACUAGAUCUGGUGUAAAUCUUGUUUUACCCCCAUCUCAUUUGCGGCGAGUUGAAAAGAUUACUGAAGGUCAGCUCUUUGUGGAUGGGUAUAUUGAGAAGCAACUAUACAGUUUCCUUGAUUACAUUUCGAGUGGGUUUGAGCUUAAUUUCAUGGUUGCAGUUGACUUUACUGCUUCAAAUGGAAUUCCUCACAAUUCAGACUCCUUGCAUUAUAUUGAUCCUUCAGGGCACCUGAAUGCUUACCAGCAGGCUAUAAUGGAGGUUGGGGAAGUUAUACAGUUUUACGACUCUGAUAGACGCUUUCCAGCUUGGGGUUUUGGUGCAAGAACAUUUGAUGGUUCAGUGUCCCAUUGUUUCAACUUGAACGGAAUCCCUACUGACUCUGUGGUUACUGGUAUAGAAGGCAUUAUGGCUGCUUAUUCAAGUACGCUGUAUAAUGUCACCCUUUCUGGGCCCACAUUGUUUGGUCCAGUUAUUAACAAGGCUGCAGAAAUUGCUGGUGGCUCCCUCUCUGUCAACCAGAACAAGUAUUUCAUCUUGCUAAUUAUAACGGAUGGAGUCGUAAGUGACAUCCAAGAAACUAAAAAUGCUUUGGUCAGGGCAUCUGACCUGCCACUUUCCAUCCUUAUUGUUGGAGUUGGCGGAGCAGAUUUUACGCAAAUGGAGGUCCUUGAUGCUGAUGAUGGACACCGAUUAGAGAGUUCAACUGGAAGGGUAGCUACCCGCGACAUAGUUCAGUUUGUUCCUAUGCGUGAAGUACACCGUGGAGAGAUAUCAGUUGUUCAGGCUCUCCUGGAAGAACUACCUGGACAGUUCCUGAGUUACAUGCGUAGCAGGGAUAUCAAACCUCACUUUCCUGAUAUUGUUCAUGCUUCAGGCCAGGGAACCCUUUAUGGGGUUUGAACUAUUAAAAUGCUCAAAAGUUGCUUAACAUGUAAUCUUCUAGGAUUUUAAUCUAACAGAAAUUUCAGAAUGUAAAUAUCUAGGGAGAAAUAGCAGAGCAAAAAUAGAUGUUUUUUUCGGAGGCAGAAAUAUGUCAAUUCUUUGAUUCUGUUGGUCUUCCUCAAGUACAUAUGAGUAGGUAGUAGAGUAUGGAUGUCUGUCCCCAUCUAAAUUUGUUUUCAAGCAAGUGCAAUGUCUUAUAGCACAAACCUUUCUACAUUGCUUAUUGGUUUUGAGACAUGAAUAUAACAUGUAAAGAACUUAAAAUGCUGCUGGGAAAGGAGUUUGCAAGUUGAGCCCUGGAGCUAGAUCAUUAUCCUGCAUGGUGUCUUCGUCAGAACCUGAUUCCUGAUAUGCUUUGGUCUAGGUACCUAUCUGUUGUCAUUCACUUUAAUUUGAGGACACAGGUAUUAUCCCAAUAAGAUCAGAAGAGAGAGGUUUUUUAGCGUGAACUUCGCUGGAUCAUUGAUGUCUGCCAUGCUAUCUGUUCUACCAUUUUAAAGGAUCACAGAGACACUUGAACAAACGGAUAACAGUAGAUGAACAUUACAUCAAUAUUUUCUGCAUUUCUAGGGGUUGGGAUGAUGCAAGAGGGCAGGAAAUGUAAUUUCUGGUGUGUGUGUGUGUGUUUUUUUUUCGUUCUGUUUGCAGCAUGAACUAUCUUUCCAAGUUAAUUAAAAUUAUGCAAUGUUUUCCCUUAGAAAUAAGACUUAUGGAAUAUGUUCACA